GCGUGUCCUGGUAGCGCAGGCGGAAGUCCGCAUGCGUCUAAUAACAUGGCGCUCGUUUGCAGGUUGCAGCUGGAUGGUGCGUCCUUAGACGUACAAUAAAUAAAUACUGUAUAUUGAGAGCGCUAAAACCUGACUAGUUUUGCUCAGUGCCUUGUCACCUCUGCAGUACAAAGGUUUUUGCAGCUUGGAAAGCCGGAGUGGAGAUAAACAAGGCGAGUUUAUAUCAGAAAUAUCACGGGGGCGCUGCGUCUCCUUAUCUGGCUCGCAGAAUGGUGGAAAAGAAAAUUUCAGCAAGGUCCCAGGACCCCAGCCAGAGGCGUAUUUUAGACCGGGCCACCCGCCAACGCCGUCUCAACCGCCAAUUAGAGGCCCUGGAAAAUGACAAUUUCCAAGAUGACCCCCAUGCCAACAUGCCACAGCUGGUGAAGCGCUUGCCUCAGUUUGAUGAUGAUGCCGAAACAGGUAAAAAGAAGAAAAAAACCCGUGGAGAUCAUUUCAAGCUGCGUUUCCGUAAAAAUUUCCAGGCAUUGUUAGAAGAACAGCAGAACCUCAACACAAGUGAAGGGCCCAAUUACCUGACAGCGUGUGCGCCCCCUUCCAAUUUGCCGCAGCGUCAUUUCUGCACAGUUUGUGGCUUCCCAUCAAAUUACACAUGUGUUUCUUGCGGCGCCCGCUACUGCUGUGUCAAAUGUUUGGGAACACAUCACGAAACACGGUGCUUGAAGUGGACAGUUUGAGUUAUGCCAUGAAGAAUUAUAAACAUCUUAUAAAGAGGUCCUUUCAAACAACCAGGUUGUCUUCCUCACAGAAUAGAUAGAUUCUCCCUGCUAUGAAGAGGUAUAAACAGGACUGUAAUUUGCAUUUGAGUAAUAAAAUGUUUUUGUAUUUUGUGGUCA